AUGGAGUUUGGCUUGGAUAUGGUCUGCGGCAAGCAGGACAAAGCCCCUUCGCUCGCUGGAAAUUCCAUCGCGAUCCCACUCACCGGAGGGGCUUGUGGCUACGACGGAGGAUGGUGUAGUGCUAGAGGUUUUGGGCGAUUAGGAUUUUCAGAAAUCGAUCGUCGGUAUUGUUCGCAAACCCUUAACCUAUCGUCUGCCUCCGUCAGUAGCGUCGUCAUCAGAGAUGUAGUCGCGCUCUCAAAAGAUCUUUUCAUUACAGCUGCCACAUCGCUCCCACGUAUCAGGUCAUGCCGUCUUUCGUGA